AGCCCGAGCGGAGCUGCCUCGCCUCAGCCGCCUGGAAACUGCCCCGCUCGUGGCUUUUGAGUACAGCGAGGGAGGCGGCGGGGCUGCAGCCGCCCUCACCGCCACAGCCCCCGUAGUCGGCCGGCUUCCCCGGAGUAGCCGGAGGAUCCCCGCGGCGCCGGCUCCCAGCAAGCCCCUCGCAGCCCGCCAGGCUGAGCAGAGGCUGAGCGUCCUCGCAGCCCGCCGCCGCCGCCGCCGCCGGGGACAGGGCGAGAGUUGGUGCCGCCGCUGAAUUUUUAAUGGAAAAAUGGCGAUCUCGGCACAGACCUGCGGCGCGUCUUGCCUCGUCCCGGCUCUGUGUAGCCAAGUAAUCCUGUUCCUCCUCGUCCUUUCGGCUCCUGCCACGGAUGGCUACAGCUUCCCUCAGCAGUACACGAUGCAGUACUGGGCCAGAAGGCUGGAGCAAGAGAUUGAUGGUGUGAUGAGGAUAUUUGGUGGUGUUCAGCAACUCAAACGGAUCUACGAUGAGAAAAAGAACCUAUUUGAAGUAAGAGAGAACGUCCCAGAUAAAAUAGUGGAAAAAGUGGCCGGAGACAUUGAGAGUCUGCUGGCCAAGAAAGUCCGGGCAUUGAAGAGGCUGGCUGAUGCAGCAGAAAAGUUCCAGAAAGCCCAUCGUUGGCAAGACAAUAUCAGGGAGGAGGAUAUUGAAUACUAUGACUCCAAGGCUGACACAGAAUACGAUGAUCCAGAGGGUGAAGAAAUCGAAAGGGAGAAAUCCAACUCCUUGAAGCUGGACUUCACCGACGAUGACAACUUUAAAACUAAGGUCAACUACUCGUAUGCUGCUGUGCAGAUACCUACAGACAUCUACAAAGGCUCCACUGUAAUCCUCAACGAGCUAAAUUGGACAGAAGCCCUGGAGGAUGUCUUCGUCGAAAACCGGAAAGAAGACCCAUCUCUGCUGUGGCAGGUCUUUGGGAGUGCCACAGGAGUGACUCGUUUCUACCCAGCGACACCUUGGAGAGCACCGAAUAAGAUUGACCUGUAUGAUGUCCGACGAAGGCCAUGGUACAUCCAGGGAGCUUCGUCUCCAAAGGACAUGGUGAUCAUUGUAGACGUGAGUGGCAGCGUUAGUGGCCUGACACUGAAGCUGAUGAAGACAUCGGUCUAUGAUAUGCUGGACACGCUCUCAGACGAUGACUACGUUAACGUGGCUUCUUUUAACCAAAAGGCACAGCCUGUCUCCUGUUUCAAGCAUUUGGUCCAGGCAAAUAUACGCAACAAGAAAGUGUUCAAAGAAGACGUAGAAGGAAUGGAGGCUCAAGGAACCACUGACUACAAGGCGGGCUUUGAGUAUGCUUUUGAACAGCUGCAAAAUUCCAACAUCACAAGAGCCAACUGCAAUAAGAUGAUCAUGAUGUUCACUGACGGAGGGGAAGACCGCGUGCAGGACGUGUUUGAGAAGUACAACUGGCCCAACAAGACGGUACGCGUGUUCACCUUUUCUGUGGGACAGCAUAACUACGAUGUCACUCCCCUGCAGUGGAUGGCGUGCGCCAACAAAGGUUAUUACUUUGAAAUUCCCUCCAUUGGGGCCAUCCGAAUCAACACACAGGAAUAUCUGGAUGUCCUUGGAAGACCCAUGGUCUUGGCAGGAAACAAAGCAAAACAGGUUCAGUGGACCAACGUCUAUCAGGAUGCUUUGGGUCUGGGCCUGGUGGUGACGGGCACCCUGCCCGUGUUCAACCUCACCGAGGACAGCAGCAGUGAGAAGAAGAAUCAGCUCAUCCUGGGUGUUGUGGGGAUUGAUGUGGUGCUGAAUGAUAUCAAGAAGCUGACGCCGCGAUACAAUUUAGGGGCUAACGGCUACGUAUUCGCUAUCGAUCUGAAUGGAUAUGUGUUGUUACACCCAAAUUUGCGACCCCAGAUCAUUAAUUUCCAGGAACCGGUGACACUGGACUUCCUUGAUGCUGAACUGGAGGAUGAGAACAAGGAGGAAAUCCGGAGAAGCAUGAUUGAUGGAAUGAAAGAUCAUCGAUACAUCAAGACUCUGGUCAAGUCCCAAGAUGAGAGGUACAUAGACAAAGUCUACAGGACAUAUACCUGGGCACCUAUCAAAAGCACAAACUACAGCCUAGGUUUAGUUUUGCCACACUACAGCUCCUAUUACAUCCGAGCUAACCUAAGUGACCAGAUUCUUCAGGUGAAGUUACCAAGCAAAUUGAAGGAUUUUGAAUACCUGCUGCCAAACAGCUUUGAGUCCGAGGGACAUGUAUUCAUUGCGCCAAGAGAAUAUUGCAAAGACCUCAACCUGUCGGAUAACAACACUGAAUUCCUGGAAAACUUUAUCGCUCUCAUGGAAAAGGUGACGCCCGACUCCAAGCAAUGUGAUAACUUUCUUCUACACAACCUCAUCCUGGACACAGGCAUCACCCAACAGCUGGUGGAAAGAGUAUGGAAAGACCAAGAUCUAAACACGUAUAGCCUCCUAGCUGUGUUCGUUGCAACUGAUGGAGGCAUCACCCGCGUUUUCCCUAACAAAGCGGCUGAAGACUGGGAAGAAGAACGAGAGCCUUUCAAUGCCAGCUUCUAUCGGAGGAGCCUGGAUAACAAAGGCUACAUCUUUAAGCCGCCUUACCGGGAUCCCAGCUACAGAGUCCUCGAGCCCGAGAACAACACAAUUGGAAUCCUCGUUAGCACCGCGGUGGAGCUUAACUUUGGCGAUAGGCACCUGAAACCUGCAGUGGUUGGAGUGAAGCUUGACCUGGAGGCCUGGGCAGAAAAAUUUAAAGUCCUUGCAAGUAACCGCACAGAAAGGGAUCAGCUGGGAACACGAAGAUGCGACCCCUCCACCAGCUGUGAGAUGGACUGCGAGGCCAAUUACAAGGACCUCCUUUGUGUGCUCAUUGAUGAUGGCGGGUUUUUGGUGCUCUCCAACCAGGAAGAUUACUGGUACCAGGUAGGAAAGUUCUUCAGUGAGGUGGAUGCUCACCUGAUGUCUGCCCUCUACAACAAUUCCUUCUUCACACGGAAGGAAUCCUAUGACUUUCAGUCUGUCUGUGCUCCGGAAGCUCCCAGCAACACAGGAGGUGCACCACGCAGAGUAUAUGUGCCAACCAUGGCAGAUUUUCUGAACCUGGCUUGGUGGACCUCAGCAGCUGCAUGGUCUCUAUUUCAGCAAUUUUUAUAUGGACUAACCUACAACAGCUGGUUUCAAACAGAGGAUGUCACCGCGGACAGCGUGGAGUCCAAAGAGACCAGCUGCAUCAUGAAGCAGACGCAGUACUACUUCAGCACAACUGACUACACUUACAACACCAUGAUCGACUGUGGCAAUUGCUCCAGGCUCUUCCAUGCACAAAGGCUGGCUAGCACCAACCUUCUGUUUGUUGUAGCAGAAAAGCCAAUAUGCAGCCAGUGUGAAUCCACCAAGCUCCUCCAAGCAGAAAUAAAGGCCCCACCGGGAGAUCGCAACCAAUGUGAACUAGUAGAGAAGCCACGGUAUCGAAAAGGUCCACAUGUCUGUUUUGACUACAAUAAAACGGAAAACACCUCGGAUUGUGGCAGAGGGGUUUCCUAUAGACCUUCUUUGAGUAUCUUGUUAUCUCUGCAGCUGCUCCUCCUCUACUUGACUGCCAGUCGCCACCCGCUGCCCUUGGCGCCUUGCCUUUGAAACAUUCAUUGAGUUCUAGCCCAUCCAUGUUUGCUUUAUGCACCAUCUCCAUCCCCCUCCAGACUUGUCAGAGGAGGGCAGCUGCCUUGUCCCAUCAACUCUAGUUAUACCUGAGCACUCGCUCAUGAGGAACAUCUUUCUUCGCUCAGAAGUCCAGAAGCUCUUCUCAUUAUUUGCUUCUCCUUUUCCCUUAUCCUCUCCGUGCCCUUCCAGUGUCUCUGCACAGCAGGUUGUGCAAGCACAGAGCUCUGAGCAAGACUUGGGGAAGCAAGAGCCAUCGCGACCUUCCCACAGAGUGAACAGCCCUGAGCUUUGAUUCCUUGCUCCCUGCUCCAUCCAUUGAGCUGUUGGCCAAAAGCAAAGAACAGCAGCCUCGUGGCUUUCCCCCACCAAAUCUGUGGAAUCCUGGGAGACCUUUGCCAAUGUUCAUCAAAAGAUUUCUCAUUAUUCUAUUGUCUUAAAAGUAUUUAAUCAACAGUCCUGACAAAUUACUGUUGUGUUUAAAACAAUUUACCUUCCCAUUCCAAUCAUGCAAAACAGAAGCAGCAGCAACAAAAACCAAUAGAGCAGAAAAAACUGGCAUAUCUUGCCAAACUGAAUCUGUAGUCUAGUUAACCUUUCAGACAAUUCCACUGGCUUGUCCAAUUCAAAGUGAUCCUAGGAUGUCACCGCAGCAUCUCCAUUCCACCCAGUCCACUCUGUGCUUUCCAAGGCCAUCGCUGCUGAGUUUCUCAUUAAUUAGAUCCCAUCCCAAACCAAUUUUGAAUUAUUUUUAGCCUGAAGAUUUUAAUCUAGAUCUUUCUACAUUUAACUUCUAAGCAUCUUAGUCUGACAAAUUAUAGUAUUUAUUGUCAGCAACAAAGACACAAAGAAAAAAAAAGGAUUUGACUUGAAUUUUGGUAUUAUUUAUUUAAACCAAUUAACUCCCUACUUAAAGGACUUGGAAAGCAAGCAGGGGAGAAUGAAAUGUGUGAACAAAGCAUUCUUGUAACUUAUGCAUGAUUGGAGGAUACAGUGGCUUUUACUGUCUUUGGUAAAAUGAAUAGCAAGAAAGAGUCAUUCUAGUGGACAAUCAACAUGGCAGAACCCCAGCAGUCCCUGGCUCCAGUCAUUCCUUACCAGGUCCAAAAGUGUGUGAGGCAAUCAAGAAAACAAGAUGAUUUAUCCUGCUCCCCAGACCACUGUGAAGACUUGACUUCUGCAGUGAUGUUCCCGAGAUGGGCCAACCAUGGACAAGGCCAAGACAAAGAUUACCUUUCUGGUUCACAUGGUCCCUCUUCUUCUAAAGGAGAUUGUCCACUACACUGGCAGCAGCCUCUGUGCCAAAGUCAACUGAGAAGGUGAUAGCCAAAGGUUUUCUUCCUGGAUGUUGUGCAGAAGCCUCACUGUACCUUUAUAAUGCUCUCCAGUUUUCCAGACCUGGAAUUUAUGUGAUGGUGAAGGCAGCACAAGUGGGGCCUCUAAAAGCAGCCACUUCCCAUCACCGUCACUGCCUAAGUACUUUGCAGGUUACCAGCAUAGUGCAAGGUUAUGAUGGCACUUGCUGCUCAGCCCGAGUCGAAGGAACACAUCGGAUAACUCGUCCGGCACACAUUCCAUGUCUGAAUUGAGCAUUAUUGACAGCAGCUAGACAAUCUAUGGCAGAUUUGAAACCAAGAGUAAAGCUAAACUGUAUCAGCCACUCUCCUCAAAAGCUGCGUGUUGGUUGGACUUGCCUUGGGCAAGUCACUAGCCUUUGUGCCUGUUACUUGUGCACAUAAUCAUAAAUGUACAUUGCUGUUUGGUAGAAACUGGAAGGCUUUUAGUCCCUAGGCAACUCCAAAGUUUCCUUCUCUUUAGCCAAAUGUCCCAGUGCGUUGACACUGCAACCAGCAACGUGGGAAGGAUCUUCUCUUGUUUCUGCUUUAUGUGAUGUGAGAACCACAAGCUGAGAUUCACUUCCGGGCUACGUGAAGAACUGCAGCAGUGUACAACACAGUGUGAUGCAACAUCAUCAGUGGGAAGCAGUUAAUUGCUACAUCUGUAAUUGGGAUGUACUGUCCUUGCAGCUCAAUGUGAUUUGGUGUGGCUUAUGGUAGCCUUUUGACAUGCUGUGCACAAAUGUGUGCUUCAUUUCAACUUCACCUGCUCUUUUCCUCAAACAAAAGUCUGUUCAAGAUAAUUAAUCCAAACAGUGGCAUACUACCUGUAACAAAUAAUUCAAGUGUUACCAAUUUCAUUUGCUUUGUUACAAGGAAAUCCAGAAUGCAAAACAAGUCAUUUGAAUCUGUAAGCUGGAAAGCAAAGAAAGCAACCCAGUUCAAUUAACCAGUUACAGUGUGUCUCUUGAUCUUUAGUACGAAAACCAGUAGUUUGGGGGAAAACCUCCUGCAAAAAAGGGGGGAGGAGGAAAGGUACCAUUCUGACAUCACAAGUGUGAUGCAGACUCUGUAGACUUGUAGCUACCCUACAACUGUGUUUCAUUGCAAGGCAAAUGCACCCCUAAAAUUUGGUACAUCUUGGGAGACUGACAUGGGCCCAAAUUGUCCCAAAGCAUGUCAUGGAAAUGUAUCCUUACAGAAAAGGAUACUGGUCCUGGUCUGGCUUGAUCAAGAAGAGGUCAUAUCAGGUCACUGCUUUAAUAAAUGACAGUGUACUACAAAUCCAACUGGGAACUGUCCGAUGUAGAAAAAAGUAUUUCAGUGAUCUAGAAGUAGACCUUUGGUGCACGUGCUGUGAUGCGCAUGCUUUCAUUCCGGUGCUGCUUGUUCAGGAGACGAGGAAGGAACUAGGUUUUUUAAUCCCUCUAAAGCUAACUUCAUCCCAAUUCCUCUCUCUGUGUGUUCCCUCUCUAACCACAACUGAAAUCCUGUGUCUCAGAUCAGCAGCUGAAAAGGCUUUUCUUCCUAGUCUCUGUUUUUUCCAGCAGGCAUAUGUAUACAAUGAAAUACCACUGGUGCUAAGGGUAAUAGUUUUGCUUCAUUGGGCUUGUAUCAAUCUCUAGAGAUGUAAACUGGGGAGAUAUAAAUAACUAACUCUACCUGACAUUCUGUAGAGAGUAUCAUUAUUCCUUGAGCAUACUCCCAGUAAUAAUCUUGUGUACUGGUUUUGUAAACACCCCCAGGAUCUCAUGGGCCUCUCCUGAGCGGAGGUUGCCAAAUUGUGCCAAAUUGUGUGAUUGUUUUGUGAUGUGGGCAACUUGUCUGUAGUGUGCUUGGCUGAAAUACCCCAGGUUCAUCCCAGUUUAGUCUGACUUAAACCAGUCUCUCUUAUGCCAUUUUGUCUGUGACUGUUUGGCUAGUGCUCUGGAACCACCAUUCAUAGGGUGUACCUCAUUAAUAACAGAUGUAGAAAAGCCAGGUGAAGAAAGCUGGAGCUCAGAGCCGAGGCACUUCUCGGGAGAUGGCAGAGGGCCUGCCGUGCUCAGCAUCUGUGCAGGGAGAGCUGGUUUUGCAGAAUGGCCCUUCCCUGCUUCCGAAUACCUUACCACACUGGCCGUAUGGAUACCCACAUUUUGGACAGCCGUGAGACUUGGUUGUUUUGGCUGACGCAGAAUCACUUAAAACCCAGUUUAACAUCCAUUGAUGACGUCUUUGCUAGUGUUUGAAUGUGAUGGUCUUGGAGAACUUUGUUUUGAAACCUGUAUGCACCUAACAAAGCCUCAUCAGAAACUGGCAAUGUGUCAGUCUGACAUUCAUAUAAAAUAGCAGCAGUGCUAUCAAGUCUGACUUAGUCCUCCCAAGCCCAAGCACUGGACAAAAAAAGGGGAAAAGUCUAGCUGCUGUGGCUCCAUAAUCUGCACAAACAGCCAUUCACUUGCCUGGCUUUUCUUCCUUUCAGGUGUGCUUGCUCCCCCCCCCCCUUUGAUUCCAGGACGGCACAUGUGCCACUUGUCACAGCACUAAAUCCAUCCUUGGGCUUGACUUUCCUGCACCUUUUCAAAAGGUCUCAUAGAACUUCACGUACAUUUAUAGACUUAAAUGUGCAUUCAUCCCUUUAAAAAAAAACCCCACAAAAUCAGAAUUGUUUUAAAUGUGGAAAAACAUUCACCGCAUCCUAAGUUUCAGCUAGACACAGGCAGCUUCUGAUGCCACUACACAGAACGGAGUUUCCCCGAGCUCAUUCUGGGAGAAAUGAAUACAUCUGAACAAAACACAAUGAGUGUGCUUCCACAAGUGGUCAGCAAUGAAAUUAUAUACAUCUGUAUGGAUCCUAGUUUUCACACCAAGGGUUGUAAUGGGAGGGCAAGGCCAGCUAUAGUGAAGACUGCCAAUGGAAGAGCAACUGAAGAUCCAUUCUAAUUGCAACAGAGCUGCAGCUGUUCAACAUUACAAGGUGCAAAUUAGGCAGCCUCUCAAUGACUUGCUUUGGUUGUAAAGACAGCUGCCCACACCUCUGCUUUGCUUGUAAUUUAGGAAUGUCAAUUAAUCCUUGCUAAUGGCUAAGGCUUCUCUUCAACUGAAGUUGCAGUGUGUUAAACCUCCCGAGAGAAGGAAGAUGAAUUAUCCAGUAAAAGCUGUGUCUGUUUCUCUAUUUCCCUAUAGCGUAUCUAUCCUCAUGUCAGCAUUACACUUUCUCAGCACCUGACUUUGGUCUCCCUUUCAGUGGGAAAUGAAGACUGCUGAACGGAGAGCCCUGGCGAUGGAAGAUGUCCACAUAGUCCAACACCAGGCAGAGCAGAGAUGGCAACAUGGCAUAUUUCCCACUUUUAGCACUUCCUCAAUCACACCUGGGCAUCAGAGGGAUGCAGUCUCUUGACUGGCCAGUCACAGAACCAGACGUGAUGGGCAUGUUGCCUUGCUGCCAACUCCUUUCCCUCGUGAUGUCUUUGGAAGCCUUGUUCAAAUAAUAAUGGGCUAAGUCUUAAAGGAGCUGGGCUGAAAGGUCUCCCUUUCCUAUUCCUCCUCCCUCUGAACAAUACCCUUUCUUCAUAUUUUUCACAGCAGUCAAAAGACUGAAAAAGGCCUUGUUUCUCUGGGUUUCAGAGCCAAAGAGGGCAAGUAUUUGGAUGGUGAACUAUUCCCUAAAAUGAGAAAAUGUGAUCCUGUUUUUAAUCCAAGCAGGUCUUUUCUUUUCAGGUUUUUCAUUUGUUGUUGAACGAUUGGUGUUUGUGCAUGAGCUGAUGGCAUUGCAGUAUGUGCAAAUCUGGCAAUGGAAACAAAUACCUUGGUCAGUCCCCUGCUACAGUAGUGACGUUUGCCUUUUAAUACUGAGAUCUUCAGAUGUACAAUGCAUAAGUGUACCUAGCAGAUCCAUCUAUUCAGAACCAAAAAUGAGGCUGAAAAGCCCAUUCCCAGCACAGCUUGUGUUAGCUGAAGGAGAGCCUAGUGUCCCAAUGCUCUGAGCUAUGGCCCCAACAGCCAGACCCCUGGAUCAUUUAGCCUUCCUCCAGUUCCCUUAUUAGCUUUGCCCACUGGAGGCAGGUGGAGAUGGUGCUGAGGUGGGGAUGGAAACCCAGAGUUUGGCUUUUGCGUUUUGACCUUUUUAUUUCCAACUGAAGGAGAGGGGUGGCCUUUCAGAAUGUGCUGAAUGACCCUGUAGCCAACGAAAGCUGGUGUUCCAAUCUUGGGUGGGGAGGUAUCAACUUUGGCUUGCAAUCUGAACUUUUAAGCAGCUAUCCUUGCUGCUAAAUCAGUGUUGUAGAUUGGGUUCAGCGACCUGCAUAGCUCCUUUAAAGUUCUGACUGCAACCCAGGGUGAACAGAUUGCUGCACCUUGCC